AAUCUACCCCCUCCCCUCUCGAAAGAUAAACAUACCUUUGAACAAAAGCAGCUUUAGAGAGAAAGAAAGAAAGAAGAAAAUAUUCAUACGGUACCUUUGAACAAAAGCAGCUGUAGAGAGAGAAAGAAAGAAGAAGAAAAUAUUCAUAUGCAGAGAGAGAUGGAGAAUAUAAAGCACAGUAAUAUAUAUGUGAAUGGAAUAAACAUGCACGUCGCAGAGAUAGGUGAAGGCCCAGCGGUGCUCUUCCUUCACGGCUUUCCCGAGCUCUGGUACUCAUGGCGCCAUCAGAUGCUUUCUCUCUCCUCCAUCGGCUACCGAGCAAUUGCCCCCGACCUCCGGGGCUACGGCGACACCGACACCCCGCCCUCCGCCACCAGCUACACCGCCUUCCACAUCGUCGGCGACCUCGUGGCCCUCCUCGACGCCCUGGGACUGGACCAAGUUUUCCUGGUGGGUCACGAUUGGGGCGCCGCCAUAGCCUGGUACUUCUGCUUGUUCCGCCCCGACCGGAUCAAGGCUUUGGUCAACAUGAGCGUUGUCUUCCAUCCAAGACACCCUUCAAGAAAGCCCUUACAGUCCAUCAGAGCUAUAUUCGGUGACGAUUACUAUAUCUGCAGAUUUCAGGAACCUGGAGAGGCAGAAGAAGAAUUUGCUCGUGUUGAUACUGCGAGACUAAUAAAGAAAUUUCUCACUUAUCGCAAUCCAACUCCACUUCUUGUACCUAAAGCAGUAGGAUUUGGGGGUUCACUUACUACUCCAAUUACAUUGCCCUCCUGGCUGUCAGAAGAAGAUGUCAAUUAUUAUGCCAGCAAAUUUAACCAGAAAGGAUUCACUGGUGGAUUUAACUACUAUCGUGCUAUGGACCUAACUUGGGAGCUCACAGCACCAUGGCAUGGCUUGCAAAUAAAGGUGCCAGUUAAGUUUAUUGUUGGUGACUUGGACCUGACCUAUAAUUCACCAGGUGUGAAGGAAUAUAUACACAAUGGUGGCUUCAAAAAAAAUGUGCCAUUCUUGCAGGAAGUAGUUGUGAUGGAAGAAGUUGGUCACUUCAUCAACCAAGAAAAACCAGAGGAAAUUAGCGCUCACAUUUAUGACUUCAUCCAGAAGUUUUGAUGUCUGUUUGAUAUAUUAUCAUGGUGCCUUCCUGUAAGUUAGCUUAGGGUUUAUUACAAGUUGGUUCAGAAUAAGAUUUGAGUUGUAAUCUUGAUGUAGGUUGGGCAUAUGAUUCUGUGUAUUUCUUUUCAGUGGCAAUGUUAAUUUGCAUCCUUUUCUACUAUGAGAGACUGAAUGGGGAUUGCAUUCAUGUUAAAUAAAUUGUCUUAUUUGAUUAAA